AACGGCCGUUGGGCCGCGCCGGACUCUCAGAGCAGGAUCGGCCGCGGGCGGCGGAGCUCGGUGGGAGCCCCGGAGAGGUCGCCCGGCCCCGGUCGCCGCCCUCGGCGCCAUGGACCUGGCCAUCACCGAGCACCUGGCCCGCGCCAAGAGCCAGCGAGACGCUGCCGCGCUGCAGAAGGCCUACGCGCUCAUCAAAUCCGCCAACCUGGGGAAGUCGGAGUUCGACCCCUCGGAGAGCUUCAGCCCCGACCUCUUCGUGCUGUGCGCCGAGGAGGCGCUCGAGAUGGGCCAUCCGGACGUGAGCGAGGACUGCAUCCAGAUGUACUUCAAGGUGAAGGGGCCUGUCACGCAGUUUCUGGGCCGCGCGCACUUGUGCAGGGCCCGGCUGUGCGCCCCAAGGACGGCCGAGAACUUGGAGGAAUUUGAAAACUGUGUGACUCAGUAUAUGAAGGCGAUAAACUUUGCCAAAGGGGAACCGAGGUAUCACUUUUUGGUUUACAACGCAUCGGUCCUCUACUGGCAGAUGGUGAGGCCCUUCCUCAAGCCUGGGUACCGCCAUCACCUGAUCCCCAGCCUCUCCCAGAUCGUGGCCGUCCUAAACCAGACCGACGAGGAAGACAAGGAGUGGCGGGCUGAGCUGGCGCUGGAACUUGUCGAGUGCUAUCUGGAUGCUGGGAAAAACGAGGAGGCUGCCAAAUUUUGUUCCACGGUUGCACCGUUCAUAAAAGCUGACGUACCACAGAAAUAUCAGCAGAUAUUUUCUGUCAUGGUGCGUUACGAGUUAAUGGAGGAGUCGCAGCUAAAGGAAGAAGCGAAAACGUCUAUCAGCCUGUCCGUCUCCUUCUACAUUAAUAUGCUCAAGGCAAAGCUGGAUAAAAGGGAGUUGCCCGAAGACACCGAUGCGAUUCUGAAGAAAGCCUACAAAAGUUUAAGUCACCACAAUCAGCAGCACUUCGCUUCCGUCGGAGAAGAGAGAAUUCUUUUGCUCUUUGAAUUGGGUCGUCUUUCAUUGAUCUUGAAAUGCACGGAGAUCUGUUCUGGGUGCAUCUCAGACCUGAAGAAAAUUGACAAUGCGGAUCCUGGGAUGCUGAUUGAAAUUGAAGGUCUGGAGUGUGAAUUUGAAGCUUUAGGACUUAAAAAUAAUAUUAAAAUCUACACCCGAGAUGCUGUUGAGAGGCAGCUGAGCAUAAUAAGCCGCCUGGACGUGGCGCUGCAGCGUGCCACCCGCCUGGGCGACCCCCGGCUCAUCCACGUGGUGUGUGCCACACAGUGGAACGUCUGCCUGCCCCUGCUCCAGCACAACCUGCGCCGCCACCUCCGGAAGCCACUGACCAACAUCGCUGAGGUCCUGGAGAAGGUGGACAGUCUGAUGGUCCUGCUCCGCUGCCAAGUGCACAUGGAGAUGGCCCAAAUUGAGGAGGAUGACGACCGGCUGGAGCCCGCCCUGGAGCACCUGCAGAAGGCCACGCACCUCGACAGCCUGGGACUCUACGAGGACAGGCUCAAGAUGGCCUCCAACCGGCUACACUUGUGCACCAUGCUCUACCAGUCCCCUGAGCGGGCGGAGGACAAGGCCAUCAUGGCCAUCGAGCAGGCAAAAAAAGCCACCCCCAAAGACAGCGUCAGGAAGAAGCGGGCGCUGCUGGUGAACGCGGGCCUCGCCUUGGCCCCAGACGCCUUCCAGAUCGUGCUGGACAGUGAGAACGAGGCCAAAGUUUCCACUGGGAAAAAUAAGGGCCGGUUCGCCUACCUCUUUGCCAAAGCUCGCCAUUACAUCAUAAGUGUGGACAAAGCUGGCGGACAUUUAAGGCAUUUGGGAAAUGAAAAUGACAAGGAAAGGAUACAGAUUUGGGCAGAGUUGGCCAAGGUUGCCCGGAAGCAGGAGGUGUGGGAUGUGUGUCGGACGGCGAGCCGGUUCUGUCUGCUCUACGACAGUGCCAAGACCAAGCAGCUGUCGAAAAUGAAGAAAGGAAAGAGGAAGAAAGGCGGGGACGGUGCGGCGCAGGACGGCUGGGGCCGCUCGGAGCUGCCCCUGCAGAGGAAGCUGAGCCCCGAGCUGCUGCGCAAGUUCGCGGAGGUGGGCUUCAUCAGCGCCGAGGCCACGGUCCAGUUCCUGCGGAAGCAAGGCCUCGAGCUGAACGAGCGCCCCGUCCCUCCAGAGGACUUGAGCCAGCACCCGGCUGGCUACGUGGCUGCGCCCCCCCAGGAGACCGCCGAGUGGGUCGCGUACAGCUCCUGGAUCGAGGGGCUGUCGCAACACGCCAUGAGCAACUGGCUGCGCGCGGCGGAGAUCGGGCGGGAGCUGGGGGAGCCCUGGGUCGUGCAUAACGCCCUGGUCUACGUCCUCAACCACAACCACCACCUCCUGGUGGCCGGGCGGCAGAAGGAGCUGGUGGACGCCCUCGACUGCCUCCUGGGCAUCGUCAGGACCACCGGGCACAACGGGGACCCCGUGGCUCUGGCGAUGCUCUGCAACGCCCUGGCGCGAGGAUUGCUGCUCGGCUGGGUCCCGGCCCAGGCCGCCGAGAGGGUGAAGAGGCCGGCGCGGCCCAACCCACUGCACGCGCUGGACCCGGGAGCCAGCUCCGAGCUGCAGACGGCGGCGGAGGUCUGCGAGUACGCCUUGAGCCUGACGGGCGGGCGCACGCCCGAGGAGACAGUGCCCACCAACAUGCGGCAGCAGCUCGUCGCCACCUGGGUGAAGGCCAAGCAGCUGAUGCAGCAGCAGAUCGGGGCCCGGCUGGGCCCGGACGAGCAGAGUGCGAAUGAGGACGUCAAUGCAGUGACCAAAGUGCUCGUAGCCCUGGAGAUGUACUCGUGCAACGGGCUGGGCCUCAUGGAGUUUUCUGUGCCCCCCUUGGCUCAGCUGGUGAAGAUGGCCUCGGAGUGCACCUGGUCAGACCGCCUGGCGGAGCUGCAGACCCUCACGCGGCUGAGCCACUUCGCCCACGCGGCCCACCACCACGAGCUCGUCAUGGCGUGUUCCCAGGAUGCCAUCCAAACGGGCGUCCAGUGUCUGAGGACGCUCGCACCGACCGAGGCCCGGCUGGUGGCGGAAAUGCUGAGCGCCGCGGCCUGCACCCAGGGCAGGAGCAUCAUGGAGAACCUGAAGGGGCGGAAGCAGCUGCGCCUGACGGCGGCGAAGGCCUUCGCGGACAGCGCCAGGUUUGGGGGCAUUGCUGGCAGCAGCUCCCUGGUGAUGCUGGCCGCCCGGCACUUCUGGAACGCCUGCCUCCCGCUGCUGGGGUCCGCGGCCAACAGGAGGAGGGUGAGGGGUACCACCCAGGAGAUCAUCAGCAUCAUCAACAAGACGGAGGCCAAGAAGGAGGAAGAAGGGAAAAUACUGCCUUUGCACCAGUGGCCUACAACGGAUCUUCAAAGCAGUGGGCUGACAGAGGGCUAUUUUCUCCCAGGGGCCGAGGAGGACCUGUCUCUGCGUGUGGCCCUCUACGGCCUCCUGUUCCACGGCCACGCUGACCAGGACGACUGGGAGGGCGGCCUCAGGGUGCUGGACCAGGCCGUGCAGGUGCUGCCGCGGACCACCCACCGCCUCCUGAUUUUCAAGCACAUGGUGAUCGUGAAGGCCAAGCUGGGCCAGAACUUCACCAUGGAGAUGCAGAAGUUCCGGGACGAGAGUGAGGGCUACCUGGCACACAUGUGGCAUCGGCUGGCGCAGAACUCGAAGGAUGUGCAUGGGGAGCUGACCUGCUACUGCAACGCCAUCCAGGCACUGCAGAAGCCAGAGAACGAGUGGCAGAAAGUGGACUACAUCACAGAGUUCAGCGAGUGGCUCUACCACAGGCAGUUUCCUCUCGAGGAGGUGACCUUCCACCUCAGGUGGGCCAUCGACAUCCUGCUGGGGCUGGGGGCCCCGGGCAGCGCGGCCGAGCCAGCAGAGGAGCACGUGCCGGGCCGAGCAGCCACCGAGAGCCCAGUGUGUGCACCAACGGCGUUCUCCUUGGAUAGUCUGAGAAGUGUGAGGCAGCUGGACGCGCUGGCCCGCGUGCACACCCAGCUGGCCGUGGUGGGGUCGCCGGGUGCGCCCUGGUACCGGGAUUGCUGCCUGAUGGCCGUGGCGCUGAUCCAGCGCAUCUGGCAGGUCUCUUUGUUAACAGCAGGAAAGUUACUUUCAGAAAAUAAAAUUCUAGCAGCAACUAGUUCACAUUUAUUAUUACUUAAAAAAGAGAAGGAGAAAGGUAAAGAAAAGGAGAAAGAAAAGGAGAAAAGCAAAGAGAAGGAGAAAAAGGAGAAAAGUAAAGAGAAGGAGAAAGAGAAGGAGAAAAACAGAGAAAAGGAGAAAGAGAAGGAGAAAAGCAGAGAGGAGAAGGACCGAGAGAAGAGCAGGGACCCUAAACAGUGUCAAACCCCCGUUCCCAGCAAACCUCCUGAAGACCUGCCGGUGAGCAUAGAGCAGUGGGCAUCCUACUCGUGCCCGGAAGAGAUCGUGUCUGUGUUUAAACAGGACCGCAGGGACUUCACCGUGAACCCCUCAAGCAUCCAGAAGCCGACCUACACGUUGUACUUUCUGGACCACCUGGUCACGGCCCUGCGGACCAUGUCCCUCUGUGAGCUCACGGUGCCGGUCCUGCAGCUUGGCGUCCUCAUCGCGGAGGCCGUGGUGGACAGCAAGAGCCUGGCCGACCUCUACCACCUGCGGCUGGCCCAGGUGAGCUCCGACCUGAAGCUGCGGGCCGCGGCCGCCCACCACGAGGAGGUCGUCGGGCAGAAGCACCUCAGCGAGCUGGAGCAGGCGAGCUGCAGGAGAGAAAUUGCACUGAGAAAAGAGAGAAACAAGGAACCGGUGUUAGAAGAAAGCCUGCACACCCUGAACGAGCCGACAGCGCCGGCCUCACGCGCGGAGAUACGGCCCCCGGGGGCCAAGGACAAGAUCCUGAGGCUCAGCGCGGAGGCCGGGAACGGCCUGGACGGGGCAUCCUUCCCCCACCUGUGGACCCUCAAAGCGGAAGUUCUCCUCGAGAUGGACCUGCUCCAGCCCGCGCGGCUGCUGCUCUCCGAGGCGCACCUGGCCUUCCAGGAGCUCGGUGAUCCCUGUGCAGGCGCGAGGUGCUUGUGCCUUCUAGCACAGCUGGCAAACAAGGAGAAGGACUACGGCAGAGCGAAGAGAAUGAUCGAGAAGGCCCAGCGCCUGGGAGGAAACGAGGAGUUCUGGUAUACCUCGACCCUGACCCUGGCGGAGGCGAUCCUUUCCACGGAAAACGCAGGGAGUAAAGUCCUGGUCUGCAGCAUCUUUCAGAAGCUCAUCGACGCCUUCAAAGGCCUCACGACGGACAGGCCCAACAGGGCACCCGCGCUGGCGUUCAUGGCUGCCGACCUGGAAGCCAGGCACCUGAGCCUCCACGUCCAGGCCGCCCAGGAGGCCACGGACAGCGAGCCCUCGGGGUCCCAGGCCCAGCUGACCAAAAUGGCUGACCGCCUGCUGGAAAUCGAGGAGAAGUUUAUCAACAGUGGCCACAGAGAGAAAGGUGUUGACAUAAAACUGGAGCGUGCCAGGAUAAAGAGGUUGUGCGCCCAAAAUGAGAAAGACGAGGAACAGAAAACUGCCUACUACCUGGAGGCGUACGACCUGGCCCAGAGCGCCGUGGCCGAGGAAGAGGAGAUAUUUCACAGCGCUCAGGACCUGCUGUCCCUUCAGGAUGUGCAGAACGUCAGCAGCCCCCUGAUGCGGAAGCUGGGUGGCCUCAAGCUGGGCCUGGCCGAGGUGUGCCUGGACAUGCUGGAGCUCGCCUGGGGGCAGGUUCUGCAGCGGCAGACAGAGCAGGGCUCGCUGGACAAGCUGCUGGCAGACUACCUGCAGGACCCGGGCGACUACAGCUCCAUCGGCCUGAAAUGGUUCACGCUGAAGCGCACCCUGGCGCACGUGGCGCUCGCGCAGCUGGGGAGCCUGCAGCCGCUCUGCACCGGCAGCCCCGGGACCCGCGCGCGCCUCCUGGGCCUCGCCGGGAGGGCCCUGCGCCUGCUGGCCGUGAACGCAGACCCCGUGCGCCCCGCGUCCUACUGGGAGGAGAGCCCGCCGGUUGAUGCUAAAACGAGUGCCCUGAGGUCUCCCGAGAUGGAGGAGGAAGACGAGGAUGGCAAGGAGCCUGCCAGGGCCCCCCCGAUGGUCAGAGUAGCCCCUGAGGGCCACAACCAGAAAGGCGCAGAGCUGAAGAGGAAGCUGGCGCUGGCGCAGCGGUACCUGGCCCAGGCAUCCGAGGUGCUCCUGCAGGGCCUACAGGUGGCCCUGCGCAGCAGUCUCCUGGACGUCGCGGCGGCCGCCAGCCUGCAGAUGGUGGAGUGCUUCGGCACCCUGGACCCCGCGGCCACCUGCCAGUUCCUGGCCCUGUCCCAGAGCUGCUCGGCCUCGGAGAUGAUGCGGGACGUCCUGCUGGAGGCCACGGCCAACACCAGCAGCUCACAGCUGGCAGCCCUGCUACAGCUCCAGCACCGGCUGAAACGCCAGGACAAGACAUCCACCAGCCUGUAUGCCAGUGUGGAGCAGAGACUGGCCACCAUCUCCAAGGCCUGGCGGAACCUCUGCGUGACGGAGCAGCACUUCAGCCUCCUGCACGAGCUCCCGCCCUUCCGCGUGAUCUUCCUGCACCACUCGCGGGACAGGUCUCUCCUCUACGGGGCUGCCUACAAGAAGCCCAGGUCUGUUCCUGGGCCUAAAGGGAAGCAGCUGCAAAUGGGAGGUUUCUGCAAGGUGAUGCGGGUGACCGUGGACCCCGGCGCCUUCUCCGACCUGUUGGCCGGUGCCCGGCAGCUCCGGGAACAGAUGCAGGCCAGCACGUUCCGUGACGACGCAGCCCUGGCCCCAGGCCUGGUGAGGUCGCCGGGCCCACUGGGCCCCAGGGCACGGCACCCACCCCCAGGCCUCCACAGGCACCAGGCAGCUCCGAGGGGCGGGGACAGACCUUUCGGGGGCAGGGCCUUCCCGUGCUGCCGAGUGGCCCCCUCAGCCCCCAGGCUGCUUCUGGAAAGGGUGGGGAGCUGGGUCCUUUGUGGUGGGGGGAGCAGGGCCAGGCCCUUUUCCAGGGGUCGGGACCCACAGGGUCUUCGCCCCUUGGCUGACCUCGGGCUGCUGUUUGGGCCCGUGCGGGAGCUGGGCGGUGCGGAGGAGGACGGUGACCUGCGGAGAGUCAGCAGCGUGCUGCGGCCCCUGGAGGAGUACCUGCGGCCCGUGUUCCCGCUGCUCACCUGCCCUGAGGCCAGGAUCCAGACGCCCACGUUUGUGACAGAUUCGGGGAAAACAAAGGGCAAAGAGAAGGAGAGGAAAGUGUCUCUGCUGUCAGCUGUCCCCUCCACAGGGCAGCCCGAGGCCAGGGAGGACAUCAUCGUCAUCGUGGACAGCCACCUUCUGGAGCUGCCGCUGGAGGGCCUCUCGGUGUUUGAGGAAGGGACCGUUUCCUCCGUGUCGCGAGAGUUCUCUCUGCAGAUGCUGUGGAACCGACUCCGUGGCGAGGAAGCAGAAGGCAACGUGAAGAAGGAGAGCCGAGGCAAAGAGCCCAAAAGGAAAAGUCCUGCAAAGAAGGGCCGGAAGGGAACCGUGCCCCGGAUAAUCCCUCCGGACUGCAUCGUCAUCGACUUGGACAACUUCAAGUUCGUCGUGGACCCCUACGAGGAGGCCAAGGGCGCGGAAAUUCUGUCUCCCGUCUUCAUAACCCGGGACAUUUUAGAAAGAUUCCGAGACACUUUCACUUCCCGAUGGGUCGGACAUCUGGGAAAUAAGCACUUUCCAAGCCAGGCCGAGUGGGAGCAGCUUCUGGGCAGCUGCCAUGGCUUCUUCUUCUACGGCAUGGAGAGCUUCCUGUCACAUAUCCUGGUGGAGAGACUCGUCGCGAUGAAUCUGCAGGAGUGCCAGCUGAUGGUCCUGCUGGACCUGACGCGCUCCCUGGACAGCUUGCGGCGCCGACUGGAGCUGGCGGAGAGCAAGAGCGCGCUCCAGCUGUCCCUGGAGGAGCCCCUGCAGACGGCCGUGCUGCUGAGCCUGGUGGGGGUCCGCAGUAUCCUAGCGAACCAGUGGCCCACGCUCCUGCAGGACAACGCCGUGCGGGCCAGCGUCCUGUGGGAAAACCUGCUCGCGGUAGGGAAGCCAACCGGGAGGGCCGUCCGGCUGCUUCAGAAGAUGGGGAGCGAGGCCACGGCAACCCGAGAGGAGUCCGCUCGGACCUCCAGGGACAAGCUGGCGUCGCAGACCCUGCCCCUGCCGCAGCAGCUCCGCAGGCCUGAGCUCCUCCCGGCCGCCCUCAGCCUGGUCCUGUACGGGCUGCCGCACCUGGCCGUCGGGUAGCGGGGUCGGCCGGCCGCCCCUGGGGUCUCAGCGGUUUCUCUGGGACCUGUUGCCUCAGCUCCGUCCCUCCCAGGAGCCCCUCUCCCCCCAGGCCCCUGCCCGCUGUGCCCGCCCUGCCCUGUGUCCGCCAUCACGGCGGGCCCUCGUGGGGCCUCUCCUCAUGGGGUUUAGGGGUGCGGCAGGAGCCAGACCCCAAGGCCGCCUGAGUGCCCAGAACCCUUCCCGCCGUGCGCACCCUGUGGUCCCCAUCCUCGGGGGUCCAGGUGGGGGGGCCUCCUGCCCCGGGUCUGCUCAGACCACAGAUACCUUCUCUGCCCAGAGCCCCACCCCACAUGCCGAGCUGCCCCCACUGGACCCCACAAAUAAACUCGUCCGACUACA